CUGCUGGAGCAGAAGGAGCGUCUGGGCCUGCAGGUGCAGCAGAUGACGCUGGACGGAAAAAUGCAGCAGCAGAAGUGCACCAUGAUCCAGAGCCAGAGCCGGGAGCUGCAGGCCGAGCGCGACCAGGCCUACCUGUCCAGAGACGAGGCCCAGUCCACCAUCGCCCGCAUCCUGGCAGAGAAGGACGCCCUGAGGAGCCAGAUGGUGGAGCUGCAGGAGUCGGCCUUCAGCCUGCGGGCCAGAGCCGGCCGCCCCCCCGGCCCCGAGGUGCGUUCAGGCCCGCUCAGACAUCCGGGCUCUGCUCAGAGAGGCACAGAAAUGCUGACCGCUCGUGAGAAGGAGACGUGGGACAGCCUGGGGUCUGGAGCCGAGAGGAGCCCGCCCCCCCGACGCAGGCUCUGCCGCAUGGACGCGCUCAACCCGGUCUCCUUCACCCCCUGUACAGAGUGUGAGGACCCCUCGGCGAGCAGCGUCCGGUCCAGGAACGCCCAGCCGCCCAGCCCCGAGUCUCUACGCAGACGGGAGGAGGUCCUGUACGCGGACGGCAGCGAGGACAAGCCGGCGUCCGGGUCUGAGCCCACCAGCGACUCCGGCUCAGACAGGACCUCGGCCCCCCCCUUCCUGGUGCGCUCCCGGCCCAAAGCCAUCCGGCUGAACGGGCGCGUGCUCAGCAUCUCCUUCCAGGGCGAGGCGCUGCUCGGCCAGAUGGCCGUCGUCGGGGGCAACAGGACGGGCGUGUUCGUGCACCGCGUGACGGAGGGCAGCGCCGCCCACAGCGUGGGCAUCAGCGCCGGGGCGCAGAUCGUGGAGGCCGAGUGGCACGCCAGCCAGGUGCACCCCCACCAGCUGCUGGACCUGCAGGGGGGCAGCGUGCCCAACUACUACAGGCCGGGCGGGAGGUGCCCCCCCCCCCGAGGGAAGGCCGUGAGGAUCGUCAGCACCGGGCAGCAGGGCAGGAACCCGCUGUGGUGCUGCGUGAGCCUGAUGCCCUACACGCUGGUGACCCCCCACCACCCGCCCAUCUGCCGGCCCGUGCUGCUGCUGCCCUCCGUGCUAGGACGCAUCCUGGACAACAAGAUGGCCGACUGGCAGGGCUUCCAGCUGUGCGAACCC